AUGUUUUCAAAAAAUAUAAAUAAGGUUAGAUUUUCAUUACUUUUAAUGGACGAGGGUGAAUAUUAUUUUGAUGACUAUAGUGCAGUAUAUUACCCUCCAUCAAAUUGCGAAGAAGACUCAUGGCAGAGAAGGAUUAAUGGUAGAAUUUUAAUUUGUUCAAAUUCAAUAUUUUUCGAACCUGAUGAUAUUAAACUAUCAAUUAUGAAGUUUCCAUAUAGAGAGAUUUCAGGUGUUGGACCCUGGUUAAAUUCACAAUCAUCCACUCCACCAUCAUUUUUAGCAAGUAAGAAUAGUGUAUUUUAUAUCAAAUCAUCACAAGUAGUGGAAAUGAAAGAGAACGAUAAAAAUCAUCCAUAUAUAUUCAAACAGUAUAAUAAUAUAGAUUUCAAAUUUACAUUAAGUUAUGUAAAACAAGAAAUCGUUUUAGAAUUAAUUAAAACAUUUUAUGAAUAUUCUAAAAAAGAUAAAAUCGAACACGAUAGUUUAACAAAGAAGAUGGUAGAAGAAAGAGAAAAUAAGAUUUAUUUCGAUGUUACACAGUUGGUAGAUAUGAACGAAAGAAAUAUUAUAGAGUUAAAGUGUUCAAAGAUAUCACCAUUGGCAGAAAAUCCGGGUAGUUUAUUAAUAACAAAUUCACGAUUAUAUUUCCAACCAAUGAACAAUAUAGAAGAGCAUAAAUUAAAGAACUAUAGUUUAGAGUCAAUAAUUAGAGUAUUAAAGAGAAGACAUUCACUAAGAGAAAUUGGUUUGGAGUUAUUUUUUGAUGAUUCAUCAAGUCUCUUUUUAAAAUUUUCACAUACUCCAGUCAGAGACCAAGUCCAUGACUUAUUGGUGCAACAUUUAUGUACUAAUAUAGUUCACACUAACGAGCAGGCAAAUUAUCUAUUAAAGUGGCAAAAUGGUAUCAUUUCAAAUUACGACUACAUUUUAUAUUUAAAUAAUUUAGCAGGAAGAACAUAUAAUGAUUUAACACAAUAUCCAGUAUUCCCCUGGAUUAUAGCGGAUUAUCAUUCAAGUUAUUUGGAUUUAACCAAGCCAGAAACUUUUAGAGAUCUAACCAAACCAAUAGGAGCUUUAAACCCAAAUAGAUUAUCAACAUUUAAAGAGCGUUACCAUCAAAUACCAGAUGACCAACCAAAGUUCCUUUAUGGCACUCAUUAUUCAACUCCCGCUUAUGUUUUAUAUUUCCUCGUUAGACAGUUCCCAGAAUAUAUGCUUCGUCUUCAAAAUGGUCGUUUCGAUUCACCAAAUCGUAUGUUUCAUUCAAUUGAAGAGACAUGGAAUUCAGUAUUAAACAGUACCACUGAUGUUAAAGAGUUAAUUCCAGAAUUUUAUAAACCCGAGUCUAUCGAAGAUAAUGGUCUUUUCUUAUUAAAUAGCCAAAAUUUAGAUUUGGGUGUACGUCAAGAUCAUAAUGUUAUCAAUGAUAUCGUUUUACCACCAUGGGCCAACAAUAAUUCAAAGAAAUUUAUAUCCAAACUUCACGAAGCUUUAGAAUCCGAAUAUGUUUCUCAAAAUUUACAUCAUUGGAUAGAUUUAAUUUUUGGAUAUAAACAAAAAGGCGAAGAAGCCGUCAAAGCAGAUAAUUUGUUUUAUCAUUUAACUUAUGAAGGUAGUGUCGAUAUUGAUUCAAUCAUAGAUCCAGUCCAAAGAGCAAGUUUAGAAAUACAAAUCAAUGAGUUUGGUCAAACACCAAAACAAAUUUUUACAACUCCUCAUCCACAACAAACUUUAAAUUUAAAUGAUAAUUUUAUAAACAAUAAUAGUGAGCUACAAAAUAGUAAUGGUUUUGAUGGUUUUAAUAAUAAUAGUAAUAGUAAUAAUAGUGAUGAAAUUAGAUUUAGUGGCGAUAUUAAAAAUCCUUUAAACAAUUGGGGAUCAUUAAAUUAUUUAAAAUUAAAUCAAAACAUCAAAUUACAUAAAGAUAAAGUCAGUGCAUUAUAUUUAUCAAAUAAUAGCGAGGUUAUUUAUUCAGUAUCACUGGAUGGUUGUUUAAAGAUUUAUUCACUCAAAGAGAAGAGACAAGUUAGAUCAUUAAAUUUAUGUAAUUUGGCUCUUUCUUCAUUCCAGUUAUCUAAAGACGAAAAAUAUAUUAUUAUUGGUUCUUGGGAUAAUAACAUUUAUGUAUAUUCAGUCGGUAAUGGUUCAAUUAGUUAUAGUAUAACGGGACAUAGUGAUGCUGUAUCUUGUUUAAAGCUCCAUAAUAAUAUUUUGGUAUCUGGUAGUUGGGAUAGUUCCGUUAAAGUUUGGAAAACCCAAAAAGCCUCAAAUGGUGCAAUAUCUAUUAACAAGGAGCCAAUAGCAGAUUUUGUUGACUCUGACACCGAAAUUCGUUCGAUUGAUAUCAGUCCAAAUGGUACCAUAUGUUGCUCAGGUUCAAGUGAUGGUGUUUUAUAUUUUUAUGAUUUACUCUCUCUUCAACUUGUUCGUAGAUUGCAUUUAUACGACGACGAGGUAACCUGCAUCAAAUUCACACCCGAUGGAUCAAGAAUUAUUACAUGUUCAAUUGAUGGUACUGUAAAGUUAAUUGGCAUUGAAGGCUCUGAAAUUUUCAGUUUCAAGGUAUCUGGUGAAAUUCAUUGUUUGGAUUCUGAUGGUUCAACUUUAAUUAUUGGUACUUCUAAUGGUCUUUGUUUGUGGAGCUUAACAACCGGUACUGAAACCAAAGACUCUGCAUCUCCAUUCCUUUCACAAACUUAUAAUGACUCAAUUUAUUCUUUAAAUGUUUCGGUUUCAACUUUAACAAAUAAACCAGUAUUAUUAACUGGUAUUGAAAAUGGUUCAAUUUCAAUAUUUAAUUAAUAUAAAAUAAAUAAAUAUUAAAAUUAAAUAAAUUAUAUAUAUACAAAGAAAAAUCUAAAUAUUUUUUUUUAAAAUC